UUUCUCCUGACACUGCCCUUCUACCAGAGAGGAGCCUAAAGGAAGAGGACAGAAGAGCUGUCAUAAAUCCUUAAAUUUGUAAAGCCAUGUCCAAGGAUUUGGUGACAUUUGGGGAUGUGGCUAUAGAUUUCUCUCAAGAAGAGUGGGAAUGGCUGAAUCUUGCUCAGAGGAAUUUGUACAGGAAGGUGAUGUUAGAGAACUACAAGAACAUGGCAUCACUGGGAGUUUCGGUUUGUAAACCAGAGGUGAUUUCACUACUGGAGCAAGGAAAAGAGCCCUGGAUGGUGAAGAAGGUGGGGACAGGAGGCUCAUGCUGUGAUUGGGAAUAUGCAUUUAAAAACUGUGGAUUUUCAUCAAAGCCAGUUACUUAUGAAGAAUCAUCCAAAAUAGUGACAAUGGGAAGAAGCCAUCUAAGUUACAGCCUUGACUGCCCCAGUUUGAGUGAAGACUGUAAAAGUGGGGACUGGUUUAAGAACAAUUUGGCAAGUAAAGAGAUACAUCCUAGUCAACUGAUUAUCAUGCAUAAGGAAAUCCUCACUGAAGAUCAAAGUAGUGAAUAUACUAAAUCUUGGCAAGCUUUCCACCAGGAUGCAAUAUUUGCUAUAAAACAGAGUUUUCCCACCAAAGAAAAAGUACAUAAGCAUGAGCCACAAAAGAGAAGUUACCGAAAAAAAUCUGUUGAAAUGAAGCAUAAGAAAGUCUGUGUAGAAAAGAAACUUUUGAAAUGUAAUGAGUGUGAGAAAGUCUUCAACCAGAGUUCAUCGCUUACUCUUCACCAGAGAAUUCAUACUGGAGAGAAACCCUAUGCCUGUGUUGAAUGUGGGAAAACCUUCAGCCAGAGUGCAAACCUAGCUCAACAUAAAAGAAUACACACUGGGGAGAAACCCUAUAAAUGUAAAGAAUGUAAGAAAGCCUUUAGCCAGAAUGCACACCUUGCUCAACACCAGAGAGUUCAUACUGGAGAGAAACCUUAUCAGUGCAAUGAGUGUAAAAAAGCCUUCAGCCAGAUUGCACACCUGACUCAACAUCAGAGGGUUCAUACUGGAGAGAGACCGUUCGAAUGUAUCGAGUGUGGAAAGGCCUUUAGUAAUGGUUCAUUUCUUGCUCAGCAUCAGAGAAUUCAUACAGGAGAGAAACCUUAUGUAUGUCAUGUGUGUGGGAAAGCCUUUAGCCAUCGUGGUUACCUAAUUGUGCAUCAGAGGAUUCAUACUGGAGAGAGACCUUACGAAUGUAAGGAAUGUAGGAAAGCCUUCAGCCAGUAUGCGCACCUUGCUCAGCAUCAGAGAGUUCAUACUGGAGAAAAACCUUAUGAAUGUAAAGUAUGUAGGAAAGCCUUCAGCCAGAUUGCAUACCUUGAUCAGCAUCAGAGGGUCCAUACUGGAGAGAAACCCUAUGAAUGCAUUGAAUGUGGGAAGGCCUUUAGCAAUAGUUCAUCACUGGCACAACACCAGCGAAGUCAUACUGGAGAGAAACCUUAUAUGUGUAAGGAAUGCAGGAAAACAUUUAGCCAGAAUGCAGGCCUUGCUCAGCAUCAGCGAAUUCAUACUGGAGAGAAACCUUAUGAAUGUAACGUGUGUGGGAAAGCCUUUAGCUAUAGUGGCUCUCUUACCCUGCAUCAAAGAAUUCACACUGGAGAGAGACCCUAUGAAUGUAAGGACUGCAGGAAAUCUUUCAGGCAGCGUGCACAUUUGGCUCAUCAUGAGAGAAUUCAUACUAUGGAGUCAUUCUUGAGUCUUUCUUCUCUCCCACCUUCCAUGUCCAGUCAUCUGCCAAGACCUGUAGGUUUUAUCUCCUAAAUAUGCCUUGAGUCUCACUCUUUUCAUCAUUUCCACUCCAUUAUCUUUGUCUAGUACACAACAAUCUACUUGACAUGGACUAUGGACAUAGCUCUCUAACUGGUUUCCUAUGUUUACCACUUACUUUGUCAGUUGUCACACUGCAGACAAACUUGUAUUAAAACGAGUUUGAUCACAUCAAUCAUUAAAACCCCUUAGUGGCAUCCCAUAGUUCUUAGGUUAAAGCACACAUCCUUCAAAAUAACCUAAAAGACCUUUCCCUCAAUACCUUGUUCCAGUCUACCUGUAAAGCCCCAUCUCAUGCCAAUAUCCAUCUCACUCUCUGGAGACUUACCCAAAAUUAAGAUUUUAUAUGCCAACAUCAAAUAGAUCUUUGCUCUAACCCUUGCUCUUCCAUUUUUUUUAGCACUCUAAUUAUGGAGAAAUAUUUUGUCUUUUGUAAGGUUCAGUUUUAUUUAUGUUAUGGGAAUAAUAAUGGUACUACCUCGAAAGUUAAUGGGAGCAUUAAAUGAGAUAAUGCAUGCAAAUGACUCAGCACUGUGCGUAGCAUAAAUAUUUGCUCAGUAAAUGUUAGUGUAAAAUAAAAAGCUAUAGUGGUAUACAAAGAAGACAUGAUCACCUUGACAAUGAUCAGCUGAAAAAUAACAAACGCAGUAGCUC